GCUGCAGGAUGUCACUAACACAGCUUUUCAUUUGUGUGGGGAUCACCUUUUCAACUCUUUUAGCAGCAGAUGGAUUUGAUGGAUACUACACCUAUCGUGUGCGCCAGUGUCGCUUCAGCUCCUGGGACCUGAGUGACUUGGAGUAUAUUGACACGUACUGGUUCAACAAGGCUCCUGUCGUAACGUUCAACAACACAGUGGGGAAGUAUGUGGGGUUCACUGAGUUUGGAGUGUAUCAUGCAGAGCAAUGGAACAACGACACAGAAGAGUUGGAGAUCGAAAGGGCUCAGAAGGACAUAAUCUGCCAGUAUAAUGUCCAGAAUGACAUUACUUACAUUCUGACAAAGUCAGUUAAGCCCAAGGUGACUCUAAGACUGGGGAAGCCCUCCAUUGGAGAUAAGCCUGGUCUCCUGAUGUGCAGUGCCUAUGACUAUUACCCCAAGAUGAUCAAGAUGGCCUGGUACAAAGAUGGCAAGGAGGUGACUGGCAGUGUGAUAUCCACGGAGGAGCUGGCGGAUGGGGACUGGUACUACCAGAUCCACUCCCACCUGGAGUUCACCCCCAAAGCUGGAGAGAAGGUCACCUGUGAGGUGCACCACACCAGCCUCAAGGAGCCUUUUGUGGCCCAUUGGGACUCCUCCAUGCCUGAGCCUGAGAGGAAUAAGAUUGCCAUUGGGGCAGCAGGCCUGGUGCUGGGGUUCGUCGUCACUGCUGCUGGCUUCAUCAACUACAAGAGGAAGUCUAGAGUGCGGAUAUUGGUUCCUUCUUCUUAGACCAAGUCCCUGCAUGCUCAACAUCGAUCAAGACCUUAUCAACAAAUUAGUAAUGGAAUACGGUUCAAUUUGACAACUGUUUCUGUUGCCUUUUUCCUAACCAUUUGUAUGUUAGUAAAUAUAUCCCCAUAGAAACAUUGCUGUAAUUGCGGGUGUAUACAAAGUAAAUUGGGAUUUGAAAUAAAAAC